AUCCCAUCCGAUCGAAAUCGAAUUGGGUUCAUAACAAGUUGUUCGUGACCAAUAAUCAAUUUAAAGCAAAAAUAUUGAAAUUAUGCUUCAUGUCACACUUCAAUUUUGAAAAUGCAGAAAAUUAUAAUUAUUGUUUGAAAGACAAUUUCAUACUGGCAUCAACUGGAAGGAGAGCUGUACCGAAAUAAUAAUAAUAUGGUUUGGAAAAUGAAUUUAUUAACUUAUCUCGCACUAAUCUCCAUCACAUUAAAGGGGUUUGAUUCUAAGAGGGCUGGCAAAACGUUGUAUUUCUCUUCGUACACGGUGGAGUUCGACAAGACCUAUAUACAGGAUCAUCGUCUGAAAUUGCAAAACACUUCGGUGGAUGUUAUUCUGAAUAUUGCCCGUGACUUUACCCAGGAUCCUUGGAUUGUGACGGAGAUCUUUGUUAGGGAGAGAAGAAAGCCCGCGUUUCGUAAACUUAUCAAUUAUGAUGUGAAUGUUUGCCACCUCCUGGGCAAGGGGGAUAUGAAUCUGAUAACGGUGUGGGUACAAAAUUUCUUGAAAAUGGGAAAUUUACCAAGAAGUUGUCCCAUUCGGAAGGGCAACUAUUCGUGGUAUAAAAUACGACCAGAAAAAGUGAAUAUACCCGAUGUUUUACCUUCGGCCGAGUAUAAAGUUUUAAUUGGUACCUAUUUUCGAAAUGGCAAGCUGAGGCACUCGAUAGAUAAUUUAACCUUUAUGGGGUUACUGAAAUGAUAUGUGCUUAUACAUCGAAGAAUUGAAAAUAUUUAUAGAAUAAAAUGGUUAAAGGAUACGAACAAUUUGUAAAAAUAA